UUUGUUUCUGUCGUCAAUUUUUUCUGGUGAAAGUAACACUUUUUGCAAUCAUGUCUGGCAGGAAGUUUUUCGUCGGUGGCAACUGGAAAAUGAACGGCGAUAAAAAGAGCAUUGAAGAGCUCGCCAACACAUUGAAUAACGCUAAACUCAACCCAGACGCCGAGGUUGUGUGUGGUGCCCCACCCAUCUACCUCGACUUUGCCAGGUCCAAGCUGAAACCUAACAUUGAUGUGGCAGCACAGAACUGCUACAAGGUUGCAAAGGGAGCCUUCACCGGAGAGAUCAGCCCAGCAAUGAUUAAGGAUUGUGGAGUAAAAUGGGUGAUUCUUGGACACUCUGAGAGACGCCAUGUGUUUGGAGAGAGUGAUGAGUUGAUUGGACAGAAGGUCGCUCAUGCUCUUGAGAGCGGUUUGAGUGUGAUCGCCUGCAUUGGUGAGAAGCUGGAUGAGAGGGAGGCCGGAAUCACGGAGAAAGUGGUUUUUGCACAGACCAAGUUCAUUGCAGAUAAUGUGAAGGAUUGGAGCAAAGUGGUCCUUGCUUAUGAGCCUGUUUGGGCCAUUGGCACUGGGAAAACUGCAUCACCCCAACAGGCUCAGGAGGUGCAUGACAAGCUCAGGCAGUGGAUGAAGGCCAACGUCUCAGAGACUGUUGCCAGCUCCGUCAGGAUCAUCUAUGGAGGGUCUGUCACUGGAGGGACCUGCAAGGAGCUUGCUUCCCAGAAAGACGUGGAUGGCUUCUUGGUGGGCGGCGCUUCCUUGAAACCAGAGUUUAUCGAGAUUAUUAAUGCAAAAGCAUAAAGGGCUGAAACC